AACCCGACCCGAAAUUGCGGGUAAAGGCACAGGCGCACAGCGUGACCAGUCAUGACUGUGAUUCCGCAGCCCACUUCCCCAUCGAGUAUAAGAAAAGGGAAGUCCCCUGCUCGCUCCGGCAGCUCCAACUCGAUCUCUUCCUCGGGCGCGAAACCGAAAUCGAGAGCGCGCGCGAAUCGCGAAAUCGAGGGGAUACAAGCACGCAGAACGCAAAGAGUCAGGUGGGAGAGAAGAGGUCGGCCGCCUUGGUGCCAUGGGGAUGCUGUCGCUGAAUCGCAUCUUGUUAAAGCAGGAGCGGAGGCGACGCCUUCGGCGAAUCCAAGCCCACAAUGAAUUGAUUACUAAAGUGCCAGAUAAAAAGGACUCACUCUGCCAACAAGAUGAUCAGUCACAGGGUGGUGAUAGGUCGACAUCUUCAGGGCCGAAUCUACCUGAGGAUAUCUGGUGCCUUGUACAUUCCCUAAUGCCAUUGUGUGAUUCUGCCCACUCUGCCUGUGUGUCUCGCACAUUUCUACGUUCUUGGAGAUGCCACCCCAAGCUUAUCUUCAGUGAGGAAGCACUAGGUUUGAAACAGAAGGAAGGACGAAAUAUCAAUAUAGCAUGGGAUUUCACUAGCAGAGUUAAUCAAAGGGCAGCCCGGUGCAUGUAGCUCCCGCUUGCGCAGGGUCCGGGGAAGGGUCCGACCACUUUGGGUCUAUAGUACGCAGCCUUUCCUACAUUUCUGUAAGAGGCUGUUUCCAGGACUUGAACCCGUGACCUCUUGGUCACAAGGCAGCAGCUUUACCACUGCGCCAAGGCUCCCCUUCACUAGCAGAGUUAAUCAAAUUCUGAAAAAUCACUCAGACACCAGUGUGAAGAUACUCGAGUUUGUAAUCAAUAAUCGUCACAAUGUCAACACAUGUCAGCUAAAUAGUUGGCUCCAGAAAGCUGUCACACCAGGGAUUGAAAAAAUCACCCUUUUUCUGCCUAUGGAAUAAGGGAAGAGUACAACUUCCCGUGCUCAGUUUUAUUUGAUGGGCGUGGAAACUCAAUUUGGUAUCUUAACCUCACCAAUUGCGCCUUCCGUCCCGUGGCUGGAUUUGAUUGCUUGAGAAGCCUGACAAAGCUGCGUCUUUAUGGAGUUUGUAUCAGGGGGGAUGAGUUAGGGCAUCUUAUUUCCAAUUGUUUUGCUUUGGAGGAGUUGCAAGUCUGGUGUUGCAUGGAGCUAAUCUGCUUGACGAUACCAUUCUGGCUGCAGCGGCUUAGUUGUUUGACUGUGUCAGAGUGCGAUAUGCUGCGAGUGAUAGAGAGCACAGCUCCAAACCUCACCACUUUAGACUUCUUUGGUGAACCAGUACAACUUGUGCUUAGAGAAUCAUCAAAGGUAAAAAACUUGCAAGUGGGGUAUUCAUAUAAGCCCAAUGCUAUAAGUUAUGCUAUCACUAAGCUACCUUCUAUUGUGCCACAUCUUUAGACUCUUACUAUAUACUCGUCUUCUGAGGUAUUCUCUGAAGCUUCAAAUUAUUAUAUUCCAGUGUUUCUGACUUGUAAGAAGGAAUAUGAUUAAUUCGAGAUAUCUUUGUGCAGACGGUUAAUACCCCAAUGGUAGCUGACAAAUUCCUUGACAUAAAGCACUUGAAUAUUCACCUUGGUGAGGAUUAUGAUGACGCUGUUACCCCGACCUAUGAUUAUUUAUCCUUGGCUUUGUUUCUGGAUGCUUGUCCUGUCCUGGAGAGUUUCACCUUAAUUGUGAGUUUACUGUUCACGCUUCAAAGGUGUCUAGUAUCUGCUGCGGAGACAUUUAAUUUGGCUGGCAAUAAUAUUUGAUGCUACGCAGGUAGAUCAGAGUGAUAUGCAGCAUGAUUCGGUUUUUGGGAAUCCCUCCUUGUUUUUGAGGCAGAUUCUUCAACACAAGCAUGAGAGGCUCAAGAAGGUGCAGAUCAUUGGCUUCUGCUCUGCAAAGAGCAUGGUUGAGCUAACAUGUGAUAUUCUCAAGAAUGCAACAUCACUUGAGAGCCUCACUCUGGACUGUGUAUUUGGUGCGGGUACGGGGGCCAUUAGUGAUUCUGUUAGGUGUGGUCCCUCAAAAUCCGAUAAAUGCUGGAUCAGAAGCCGAACUAUGAUCUUGGAAGCACAUAAAGCACUCGGUGCCAUCAAAACGUACAUCCUGGAGAGAGUUCCCCCUGCAGUCAAGUUAAAUGUUGGGGGGCCUUGUAGCCGGUGCCAAGCUAUGGAUGUGAUGCUUUAGUUUUUAAUGUUGCAGAUGUUGUCAUCGUCAUUGUUCAGUAUUGUUUAUAGCUAGUAUAUGCAACGCCAAAUGUGUUGUCAAAGUUUUUCUAUGCUAUGCACCUUAUUGGCGUCUCUUAACACUGCAA